CGCGCGGGCCGCCCGGUCUGGGGCGGGCAGGGCCGGAUCGCCAGGCGGCGCGGCGGCGGAGGCCGAGGGUGGCGCCGGGACGCGGGGGUGGUCCGGAUGGUCCAGGGAGGAGAUGGAGUCGUUGCCUGCCUGGCAGCUGGCGAAGUGGCUGGAGGACCAGGGCGUCGACGUCUCCCCCGCGUGCGACGGCGCCCGGGUGUUGGCCGCGCUCCGCCAGAGGGUCGAGGUCCAGCGGCCUCCGGACCUCGCGUCCGCCGAGGGGCUGGCGGGCCUGCGCGACUGGCCGCUGGCGCACCAGCUGCGGUGGCUCGAUCACCUCGGCGGGGUGGACGAGGCCCUGUGCAGCAGGGGCAGGCUGGUGCAGCUCGUGCUCGAGCGCGAGAGGGACCCGCCCGCUCCCGCGGCCGCGCCCGAGAGCCCCACCAUCUUCGCGCAGGUAGCGGAGAGCAUGCCGAUCGUGAGGCAGGUGGCGGCCACGCUGCUGAGCAUCCUGUCCUCCGCGGAGACACAGCAGGCGAUGGCCCGCGAGCGAGACAAGCACGGGUGGGUCCCGAAUGGCGUGAUCGUCAAGGCCUUCCAGAGGCCCGCGCAGGGCUGCGAGGGCGACGCCAACGGCUCGCCCAUGCUCGACGUUGCGGAGGGUGAUGGAGGAUGGACGAGGCUGGCGACUGGGCCUGGUGCGCCCUGCGCGAGGGCACCUGCCGUGGCUGGGUGCCGCGCGGCUGCGUCGCGGAGGUUGCCCAGGCGCUCGAGGAC